AAAAGCCAAUUUUGGAAUAUAUUAACAAAAACUUGUAAGAUCAACUGCUCAUUGCACUGCAAAAAAUACAGUUGAAGAACCAAAGGGAAAUUAAACCUGGAGAAACUUACUCGGAUAAAACACAAGGUCCCAGUUGGCAAAGACCAUUUUCAUUUGGAUCAGAUGCAUGAUGUAGUGUUAAAAGACACCAGCAAUCUACCAAAGCUGCAUGCUGAGCAGCCUCUUUCCACAGGAAAGAAAGCAUGUAAAAAGAGGAUAAGUGACCCAACCUGCUCCGCCUCAUCUGUAGCCAGGAAAUCCAGUGGACUAAAAGAGAAACUAGGAAAACAGACUAAUAGUUAUUUUUCAGAUUUUGGUGGGAAAUUAAUGAUGGAUCUCAGCUCAAAAGAGGAUGGCUUUAAAGAAAAUGAGAACUAUCCGCAUAUCAUAAAAAAGGAAAUGGAGUCCAAAACUAGACUUUCAUCCUCUGUAGAGGUGGGCACUUUUUCUGUGCCUUUCGUAACUGAAGAAGGCAAUACCCUUUCUAAACUGAGAGAAAUCUCUAAAUCAGCACAAGCUUACUUCACAGACAAUGCUACAUCAAGUUCAGUACUUGAGUCUUCUGAAGGUAUGUCGAGCAACAAUCUGAAAUAUUUUAGUACUCCAAUGGCAUCAAGAGGUCAGCGAAAGAAAAAGCUAACACCAGUCAUGGAAGUAGAGUUAGAGUCCAGUGAGCAUUUGAGUCCAGAAAGGACAUAUAGGAUGGAUAAGCUACAUAACAAUAUCAAGUUUGACACUGUGAUAAGUGACAGCCCAGUACAGCCGCCAUUGUACAGAAGUUUCUUUGCAACAGAGUGCCAGGAAAUUGUCAAUCAGCUAGAAGGUACAGAAACUGAUCGAAAAAGUCCAGGUAAAAGAAAGCUAGAUGAACUUGAUGUUUCCACAAUUGAUGCAGAGCCUCCACCUUAUGAUUCUACACCAAUGAAAUCUAUGUUGGCUUGUGAAGUAGCUAAUAUGAUCUCUUCCCUAGAAAGCAGCCCAAACAGGUGUGGAGAGUCUAUGUUUGGUGAAAGCCUUUUGGAUCUGGAAAAAGUAGACAUGCAGCUCCAUCAUUUUACUUUGAAGGAGGACUUAAAGUAUGGCCACAGUGGUAAUAUUUGGGAAGACUGUACUGCUGAUGGAAUGUUUGAUCUUGAUGAUGAAGAUGUUAAGGUUUGUAAUAAGAAGAGACAGAAACUGGAGCAUGUAGGUGAGGAUAACUAUCAAACUUUGCACUUCCCCAGUCCUAAAAUAAACCCUGUUGAAUUUAACCAGAUAUGUGAAGCACCAGUGUAUAAAAAAGGCAAAGAGUCUGAGGAAAAUAUAAAGAUGGUCACGUUUCCAAGCAAUUUCUUAGCAGACAAAGUACAUUCUGAGACCAGGAGUAUGACGUUGAAAUUGGAAAGUCCACAAAAAAUAUUUCCUGAGAAGAAUACUUGCACCUCAUCCAAAGCAGUGAUGCUUCUUCAGACAUCUUGUGAGACCAAACUAAUGUGUGUUGGUCCUGCUGCAGCUAAUACAACUAAAGUGAUGGAAUCUCCUAAAUCCACUAUAGAUACCACCAAAGACCUAUCAUCAAUGCAAGAAGAGGUGACUGCAGCUUUUUCAACAACUGAUGCUGAUCCUAAACCAUCUGAUAUCUUCCACAACACUACAGACAUAACUGAACUAACUGGUGCUGCCAACCUCACCCACAUUAUUGAAUGUGUGCCCAGUCCAUCUGCUGGUCUGAUGAAGGACAAUGUAUUACAGCAUGUGGACAGUGCCAUUUACACUCAACUUAAGUCUGCCAACUUAACGCACGACAUGGCAGAAAUGCACUGUGCAAUCACUACAGCCAACACCACUUUGAUGGUUGACUGUGUGACAAACACAUCUGCCAUUGUGACACAAGAUAUUGCAUCUGUCGACAAUGAAGUCACUGCAGAAGACAGAUGUCAGACAGUUAAAGCUGCACUCAGGGUUUCUCCUAACGUUACUCAGGAGAUUGAAACACUGAGCUGUGAGAUUGCAGCAGCCACCAGCACACAUGUGAUUGAGUCUAUGCUUGGAGAUUCUAUAAAUACUACACAUGAGAUUAUUCCAGUGCAUUCUGCGUUUGCAGCCAACACCACACAGUUAAAUGAAGAAGUGCCUAAAUCCUACUGCAAUAGCACACAGGACAUUAUACGAUCACCUGCUGAACAAUCAAUUGCCAAUGCCACGCUAGACAUUCUGUUGAUGCAAAAUGAGGUCACGACAGCAAGCCCCUAUCUAGUGAAUGCUGCAAUUCAAAUAAUGCCGGUGCUUUCUGAGCAUUCUUUAGCCAAUACCACUCAGGUUAUUGAAGAUGCAGCAAAAUUGUCUGCCAGUAGUAUGCAGAAUGUUGUGUGUGGCCAUGAGGCAAAUUCUGCUGCUAGUACCACUCAGGACAUUGCAUUAGUGCAUGAGGAAAUGUCUGCUGCUAGUACCACUCAGGUCAUUGCAUUAGUGCAUGAAGAAAUGUCUGCUGCUAGUACCACUCAGGACAUUGCAUUAGUGCAUGAGGAAAUGUCUGUUGCUAGUACCACUCAGGACAUUGCAUUAGUGCAUGAGGAAAUGUCUGUUGCUAGUACCACUCAGGACAUUGCAUUAGUGCAUGAGGAAAUGUCUGUUGCUAGUACCACUCAGGACAUUGCAUUAGUGCAUGAGGAAAUGUCUGUUGCUAGUACCACUCAGGACAUUGCAUUAGUACAUGAGGAAAUGUCUGUUGCUAGUACCACCCAAGAUAUUGUGUUGGAGCAUGAGGGAAAUUCUGCUGCCGUUACCACUCCUGGUAUUGCACUAGUGCAAAAGAGCAAUGCAGCUGCCUCUACAACCAGGGGUAACGCAUUAGUACACAGUGAAAAUUCUACUCCCUCAACCACACAGAAUACUGCAUUACUGGUUAAUAAAGACUCUACUGCCCAAAAUACUGAAUUAGUGUGUGAGGGAAAAGCUGCUGCAAUUACCACCCAUGGCGUUGCAUUACUGGAUGAAAAAAACUCUGCCUGUACUGCACUGGAUGUUCUAGCAGCACCUGAGAGAAACUAUUCUUCCGAAGCCACCAAGGACAUUGUAGCUGAAGGGGUUCAGUCUCUUUUACCUUUAAAGGAAGUGAGUCCAAUUGCCCAAGAAAUUACUUCAAUCACAGAAAAUGCUAUUGUCUAUCCAGUGCAAACCACAGAAUUCAUUGUUGACUCUACAGUCCCCACAAAUGAUGGUUAUUUAACUGGUACAACGGACCACACGCUAAAGGUGCCACCAGACCAGUCACUUGGGAUUUGUAACGCGCAGAUGCCUGUGGAAAACCAGUUGCAGACAAACACUUUAACAGAGUGUAUGGGAGAAAUCUGUACAGGUCAGGCUGCAGUUGCAGAUGAAAAACUUAUAGAAGCAGAUGAAACAUGCAGUAAGACGCGUGCUGUGUCUUGUUCUGCUAAUAUCAUAAGCAUUGCUAGUGAGAAAGAACUCAUGAGUGAACCUAUAACAUGUGAUAUCCAGGAGGCAGAAAAUGCCCAUGACGAAAGUGUUUUUUCUGUUGGUUCACUCUCUUUUGUGACGUCUACACCUGUUCCAGGGUUAACCAAUUUUCAUUUCAAGAAUCCAUGCAAAGACUCUGUACCGCAUGAACCCAACCUAUCCUUCUGCUCAGUUGCAGAUGAGCCAACAGAUAAGGCCCAUGUGCCACAAAAGAUACCAACACAGCAAGAUUCACUUGGAAUACAGUCCACAGCUGAGAAUACCCACGUAAAAAAAGAUGUUCCCAGAGGUACUCUGCUUUUCCGUGGAACCCAAAGAAAUCUCUCUCAAAAGGAAGAAUCAUCUAAGCUACAGCAACCAAUGUCUGGUAUCCCUUCUGCACGGCGCUCUCUAGCACUGAACACUGGUCCUUUAACCCAGAAAUUAACAAAAGAGACAGUUGUCCUUCAGAAUCUCCCAAAAGCUCAAGCAAUCCAUGCAAGAGGGGGUUUGAGACCACCACUAAACCGAAAUAGUUUACUUCGUCCCAGCAUUGGAAACCAUAAGCAAGACAUAGGUCUAAGCACUUCCAAUAUCCUACAGAACAAGGCUUCAGGAAGUCGUCUAAAGACUACGACAGCUACCCCAAAGAUGAAAUAUAAUACAACAAAUUCCUUGCUUAAUGUUCCCUCGUCGGCCAGACCUCCUUCUCGAAUUGGCAGUGGUCAGCUUCCUGUGGGUGGGCAAAGCAACAGUACCAGUAUACCACAAUCUACAAGUGGCACUAUGAGUUCUACUGUACAGACACCUGCACCUACUGCACCACGAGCAUCUGGGAUUCUCAGGCCAGGACUUUCAUCUUUGCGUCCACCCAUCCCCUUACAAUCACUGAAAUCACCCUCUAAAAUGAAGUCUAACCUCCCAGGUUUACCAGUAAAGAAAUUUCAAAGGGAGCUGCCAAAAUUUGCAUCUGCUGGGGCUCGAAAUAAUUCUCUUACGUCAAAAGUUGAAAGCGGCUUGGCUCCAAGGACUGCUCCAAAAAAGAUGUUCGUGGCAUCCCUGAAACCAUGCAAUGAGCCAGUCAUCUCUGAAGUAACUGGAGCACAGUCCACAAAUAUCAAGCAGGCCGAGAAAUCUGUUACAGAGUCCAGUGACAAACUGCAUGCAUCUAAUGCCCUGCAAGAAAAAACAAACACAAUGUCCGCUGCCUGCUCUGUCAUGGCGUCCUCUGUGCCAGGAGAUGCAUCUCUGCCUAUAUCUGAAGAUUGUUCCCAUUUUCAGGCAUGCCCUUGCUGCAGCAUAAAAUACCAGCGCCUACUGCAGGAGUUGAAGGAGCUAAAAAGUUAUGUUGAAAAAGUACCACAUCCUGAAGCUGCACCUCUGCCUAAAUCUUAUACAGAGGGCUCUGAAGAGAACAGACCAUCAUAGUUUAGAGCUGGCAAUAAUAACUUGAAUACCUAUUGUAUGUUAUCGUUAUUAUUAUUAUUAUUAUUAUUAUUAUUUAACUGCCACUUUGCCUUAAUCUUGUAGAUCAUUAAUCUAUACGUGCCAUUCUUUCACACACUUCUCAGGUACUGUGACCCAAGAUUGGCAAAACUCAUCUUUCCUACACCAUAUAUACAAUGCAAAUCCCACGCAGUAUAGAGCAAUCUGCACAAACCUUGCUAUUUUUAUAACUGUUUGUGUGUGUGUAAUCUAAGGUGUAUCAAACUGUAGUCCUCAAGCUGUUCAACAACAGUCAUACGUUUUUCUGUUGGCCUACAGCUAUGGCAGAGAAUUAUGGGAGUUGUGGUUCACCAUCAACAGAAGGGGUCUGUGCAAUUCUGAUAUAUAUGCUAUUAUAUGUAUGUUAUCAUUGUAUUAUACGUGUGAAUAAUAAACACUUGCAUUUUUUUUCC